GUCCGAACUCACCGAACAGCUUCGGUACCGGCCCACGCUUCUCGUACACGCUGUGACCCACGCAAACACGCACCCUGUUCACGCGCAGUAGCAGAAACGCGCGUGCUCGUUUGAGUUAGCGGAAAGAGCAAAAAAAAAAUCUGUUUCCCGUUUCUGAUCUCCGAACUUUCCUCCUCCGUUUCCCUUUAAACUGGACCCAGAACCGGGCCCUGACCCGAACCCUGGCCCGCUCACUGAGCCAGUACGCCGAAGUAACGAAACCAGCGGUUCGGUCCGUGUUUUCCAGAUGUGCUCGGUGAGAUCGGAGCGGAACCAGGCAGACUCGGACCGGGACCAGGAACCGGUCUGCUCGGUUCCGUUCGACCCAUUAUAUAGUGUGUAUAAUUAAAAGUGUGGGUGGUCGCGCGCGCGGGGGGGUUCGGCGGGUUCCGGGGUUGCGGCUCACCUUCAGGCUGCUCUCCUUCAUCCGGUCCUUCUCCCUCCGGCUCUCCAGCAGCCGGGACAUCGAGCCGCAAAUCGGUUCCGAUCGGUUCCGACGGUCCGAAUCAGUCUCUCUCACUCUGAGCCACAAAGUCCGGAGGUUCUGGUCCCGGUUCGGAGCGCUUUGCCGUCUGUGUAGGGGGUGGGGCUUGAGUCUGACAGACAGAGCUUCUCUGUACUUCUGACCAAUCAGAGCGCAGCCCGCUGCCGCCGCGCUCGGCUAAUCCCGUUGCUGCUCGUAGUUUAGGCCCUGCCCACCCACACAUCUAGGAGAGCACUCGUUUCUGGAGCUUGAGCAGCGCAGUCGACGUCUUGGGUGGGGUUAGUCUCUAUGACAACGUGUCACCAAGUCACAUGACCCACAUCAGCCAGCCAGAGCGUCAAUAGAAGUCACGUGACUGAUGACCAAACGCUCUACGCAUCGGAUCGAUUAGCUCCGCCCGCCGGCAGAGGCAUGGACAACAGACAAUCGAGUGACGUGGAAGUGAAGGAUCCGACCCCGCCCACCCCGCAGCGCAGCUGGCAGCGCCGGUCGUCCCAGAAUUCAUCAUCUAUCAACAAAUUUGACUCAUGUCUCUAUUAUAAUAUUCCCUUAUACAAAAAAACGAGGAAGAGUCUGAUCUGCUGCUUCAUCUCUGCAGAGCUCCUCCGGUUCCGGUCCACUGAUUCCGGGUCCUGCUUCUACUUUCGGUUCCGAAGUUGACUUAUCCUUUGUCCGAGUUUGAAGUUUUGUGAUGCUUUCCCUUUAAGAGGACCUCCCCUUUAAUUCACCUGCCCUGACCUCACCUGGGCUGAACUUCCGUAAAGUAUCGGAACAACAGAAGAAGAAGAGGCCGAGCCCAGACCCAGAGCCCUCGAGCCAGAACCGGACCAGAACCGGACCAGAACCAAGAUAUGGACGUGUCCCUGAGCAAAGAUCAGCUCCUUAAAGCAACCCUGACAGAGGAUGGUGGCGGGACAAACGCAAAGCGAGACGCAGACGAGCCUGCGGCCAUGUUGGAGCCCGGGACGCUGCAGUGGCUGGAGGACAGAGAGACGGGGACAGGGGAACGAACAGUCGGGGUCAGCGCAAGGUCAGACGCAUCCAGCUGGACUGAGAGCGAGCGCGGCCGCAGGAUGGAGAGGGCGGAGCUUAUAGGUGAGGGACGGGACCACCUGGAGGAGAACCGGCUUCCAGAGAAAGCUGCUCAGGUGUUCAGCCCAGCCGUCACCGUCCUUCCCUCCCUCGCUGCCUCCAGAGACACAGAGGCAUUCUGGGAAAUGGAAUCAGAGAGGAGCCCCUUCCUGAGCCCUUGCCAAGUGGACUACAACCAACAUGGCUACCAGUUUGACUUCCCCGAGGACACGCCCCCUUCUACCUGUAAAGGGGGAUGUUCAGACAGAGAUGCGCUGAAGCUAGGCGUCUCCGUGAUGACAUCAGCGCUGCUCUUCCCGUUCCUGGUGUGGGGGGGGUACGUCUUCCUGCCGUUCGAUGCCCCCCUGCUGGUCGGCGCUCCCCUCAGGCUGGUCUACACUCUGCGCUGCUCUGUGUUCGCCGCCGCACCCGUCGUCCUUGGUUGGCUGGUCCUGGGUGUCAGCCGGCUCCGCUCCGGAUCCACUCAGCCGGUCGUUGAUGAUGUCAUCAAGGAGGCGGAGCUUCAGGAAGUCUCUGUCCACCGACGCUUCAUCUCUGACUCCACCUCCCUCUUCCUGAUCUACUUUCUGCAGCUGGUUGUCAUGGCGAUGUACCUGACCCAGGAGCAGCUGAAGCUCGUCCCGCUGCUAACCAUCGUCUUCGCCUUCGGCCGGUUGGCGUAUUGGCUGGCAGCGGCAUUCGGCAGCAGCCUCCGCGGUUUCGGCUUCGGCCUGUCCUUCCUGCCCAGCCUCGUCAUGAUGGCGGCCAACUUCUACUUCAUCUUCACGGUGGAGUCGGCGGGGUCCGUGUUUGGUGCCGUGCCGCCACAGGACGAGGCGCUGACUCCGCCCACAGGCAGACAGAGGUUCUGGGGAUGAUACCUGAGCUUUUCUCUCAUUAUGAUUAUGGACUGGAGACACUGGAAGCUCCGCCCACCUCUUUUAAUUUUUCAGUUGUUUCAUUUUUUAGAAAGGACACAACUUUCUAUUUUGUAAAUAUGGACUUGCAUUGAAUCAAUUUUUAUCAGCCAACUGUGCUCAUAGUUUAGGUUUGUAUAAAAUUCAUCAAAGGUUUCACAAUAAAAGCAACAAAUUAA